CCGGGGCUGGUGUAAGGAUGAAUUCCAUGCCCACCGUGAGCGGGGUGCAGUGUCCCGGCGGUGCUGGAGCCGCCCGGGCACUGCUCGCCCCCUGGUGCAGCCCUGCCCGCGCUCCGUAUGCUCCCGAGCCACCGACCCGUGUCGGCCUCGUUUCUUUUACAAAUGCAAGUACGUGAAAACGGCACCGCGUUCUGUAUUUACACGGCAAACAUCGAGGAACCAGCAGUGUUCCACCUGUUACCUUUCUAACUUUCAUGUAAAUUUUAAAUAAAAAACACGAAAGCCAUCGCGGCUGCUGUGGUGUGUGUGCUACUCGCGGAGCCGGCGGCGCUGGGCCCGGCGCUCCGGACAGCUCCGGACGGUCACGGGGAAGCCGAAGCCCAGUGAGGAUGGCGGUUCCCGGCCCCGGGCACCGCAUCUCCGCGGCAAGGCUGCCCUUGGGGCGACUGCGGCUGUUUAGCAAGGCUUGGGGCAGGGUCGGGCCCCACGGAGAGAUCCCCGGGCCCCGAGGAGGGCGGGCAGGGAGCGGGACCAUGGGGACCGAGGCUGCCUCGGGGACCGCUCCGGCUCCGCCCUUUCCGGCCCCGCCCCUCCCCUCAGGUCACGCCCCUUUAACGCGCGUAGCAGCCGCCUCCAGGGGGCGCUGAGGCCAGCGACUCUGGCCCCGCCGUGGCAGCGAUUGUGACGCACGGCCACGUGACAGGGCGCCGGCCGGGCCGCGCCGUUCGGCUCAGCACGACUGACGGGAGCGGAACCGGGGGCGGAACCGGCACCACGACGGCACUUGCGGGGCGAGACCGCCAGGGAACGGGGCCGGGGUGGGCAGGUCACGGGAGAGCUGAGGCUGGGCUGCGGUGGCCCGCAGCGAGCCGCGGCCUGGUCCACACGUGGGGCCUGGUCCCGCCGUACACGCCCGGGCCCGGUGAGUCCGCGCCUCUGGCGAGGUUGGGCCCCGCGGCCUUUGCCCACCAUGCCGCCGCCGGCAGAGCCGCAGCCGCAGGCGGUGCCUCUGGUGCUGGAGCAGUGGCGACAGUACAACGAGACCGACCGGCAAUGGGCGCUGCGCCGCCGCUUCAUCCUCCGCCACCUCCCCGCGUACCCCGGCGUCGCCAUCGACCAGUUGCUGGCGCUUUCCGUGCUCUGGACCAACCACGUCUUCAUGGGCUGCAGAUACAGUGUGCAGGUCAUGGAGAAGGUUCUCAAGAUGGCUGAAGGCAUCGACAUUGGGGAAACGAGGUCAUACGAGUUGGGGCCCAACGGGAAGCUAAAGAGAUACCGCUCUCCAUCAGACAGUCCAGAGCCAGAAGAGGUUCCUGAGCCACCCAAAAAGGUGGUCCCCAGGUUCCGAUUGCGACCACGCUUUGAGCCCAUACAUUUUGUCACCAGUGCUGAGAAGGAUGGGAAGAACGACAAUUCUCUGGAUAACCAAAUGCAGGAGGUGAACCAGGAGACAAAUACAAACAGCACGGCACAUCCAGCUGAAAACUGUACAAAUUCUUUUGUGAAUGCACGAGAGGUGGAUCCCCAGCUCUCCAGCUCAGCUGGGCUUGGCUUUGCAGGCCCAGCAGCAGCAGCCAAGAAGGCUGUGAGUAGUGUGGACUCUACCACAAGCAGUGCAUUGCAGGUUUCUGUUUCCCCUGCAACUGCCCCGUCUGCAUCAGAGACUUUCCCUCCAUCAGCAAUAAUGCUGAAGCAGAGCUUUAUGGAGAAACUGUCAGCAGCUGUCUGGAAAAAUCUUACUAAUCCAGAUGCAAACACUGGGACAGAUAAAGUUAACUUCACGUAUCUUUUGACACGUUCAAUUCAGGCAUGUAAGACAAACCCUGAAUAUAUUUAUGUUCCUCUGAAAGAGAUUGCCCCUGCUGACCUCCCCAAGAGCAAGAAGCUCCUGACAGAUGGCUUCGCUUGUGAGGUGCGAUGUCAGAAUGUCUACCUGGCCACCGGCUAUGCCGGCAGCAAGAACGGAUCUCGGGAUCGAGCCGCAGAGCAGGCAGUGAAGCUGUUGAAGAAAUCCGUGGAAAUUCGAGUUGUUCAGCGGAAGUUCAAGCACACCUACCAUGAGGACCUGGUGGUGUGUGAGGCAGGCGUGUGUCACCCAGAUUUCCCUCCUGCUCUCAAACCUCAUGAGGAGUUUGUAGUUGCCAACAGGGACUGUGUCCCAAUGCAGCCUGGUACUGAAUCCAUGAAAAGUUCCACAAAUACCAACAAAGACUGGACUAGUUUUGUCCUCACAGAGAAUGCCAGUGAUGCAAUAGGAAUACUUAACAAUUCUGCCUCAUAUAACAAAAUGUCCGUUGAAUAUAAGUAUGAAUUAAUGCCCAACCGCUUGUGGCGUUGUCAGGUGUAUCUCCAAGAUCACUGCCUGGCCGAGGGAUUUGGCACAAAAAAAACCAGCAAGCACGCAGCAGCUGAGGAGGCACUGAAAAUCCUGCAGAAGAUGCAGUCAAAUAUAGCAUCCCUCAAAGUGACCCAGGUGCAGAAAGUGGGCUGCUCAUCACGGGGCUCUGGGAGGAAGAAGGACCUGAAGGACCUGGUGAUCUAUGAGAACUCCAGUAACCCAGUGUGUACCCUGAAUGACACCGCCCAGUUCAACAAGAUGACGGUGGAGUAUGUCUUUGAGAGGAUGACAGGCAUGAGAUGGAAAUGCAAGGUGAUGCUUGAAGAUGAAUUCAUUGCAGAAGCAGUUGGAGUGAAGAAAUCUGUCAAGCAUGAGGCAGCAGAGGAAGCUGUGAAAAUCCUCAAAAAGACUCAGCCAACUGUUGUUAAUAACCUGAAGAAAGGCACUGUUGAAGACGUCAUCUCCAGAAAUGAGAUUCGGGGUCGAUCAGCAGAAGAGGCUUUCAAACAGAAGAUCAAAGAAGACAACAUUGGGAACCAAAUUUUAAGAAAGAUGGGGUGGACAGGUGGUGGCCUAGGGAAAGAUGGUGAAGGAAUUAGGGAGCCUAUUUCAGUAAAGGAGCAGUUCAAAAGGGAAGGACUUGGGCUUGAUGUAGAAAGGGUGAACAGAAUCGCUAAGAGAGAUAUUGAAGAGAUCAUUCGAAACUAUGCACGCUCAGAAAGUCACAUUGACUUGACUUUCUCUAGAGAACUGACCAUGGAUGAGCGGAAGCAGAUACAUCAAAUUGCCCAAAAAUAUGGUCUUAAAAGUAAAUCCCAUGGGCAGGGACACAACAGAUACUUGGUGGUGAGCAGGAAACGGCGCAAGGAAGAUCUGUUAGAUCAGCUGAAGCAGGAAGGCCAGGUUGGGCAUUACGAGCUUAUCAUGCCCCAAGCAAACUGAGGUGAGGCGUCCCCUUUGACCAGAGACUCAGUUUCCUGGACACUUGACUAAAGAAAGAGAUGCUGCAUUUUUCUUGUGGGUAAUAAUGACAUUAACAACUUAAUGACUUUUACUAGGGCAAUAUAAUUUCUAAAAUGUUAGGUUUGUAGGACUGACUGAAUUCUGUUCAACCACAUUAGCACAACCCAAAAGCAGUAGUGCUGUUACUGUGUGUCAGUUACAUUACUUGUUCCUUCACAUUUUAAUAGUUUUGUAAUAGCAAACACAUGUCCAAUGAGAAGGAAUUUGACAUAAUUUAAAAUUAUAGGUCCCUUAUUCUUCUUGAGCAAGGAAGGAAAAAAAAAAUCUUUAAAUAAAUAAAAAAACAAAGGAAAUGCUGUCUGGGGGCAUAAACUUGUAUGUAAAAUUGGUAUUAAUGAUGAAUAAAUUUUAUUUCUGAAACAAAA